AUGGACCGUUACACGACGGUCCACUGGCAGGCAGCCAAGCACGUCGUGCGGUACCUGAAGGCGACGAGCGAGCACGGCCUCCUCUUCAAGCGACGCAGCGGCACGUGCAAAGACCAGCCGCUGGACCUUGUGUGCUACAGCGAUGCCAGCUUCGGAACAGACCAGCUGACGGGCCGCUCCACGACGGGCUUCACCUGCUACAUCAACGGCUGUCUUGUGUCUUGGAGCAGCCGGCUGCAACCCACAGUUGCGCUGAGCACCGCCGAGGCCGAGUACAUGGCCAUCUCCGCUGCAGCGCAGGACGUCGUCUUCCUGCGGCAGCUGCUCAUGGACCUUGACGAGCCCGAGGCUGGAGCCACCAAGAUGCUGACAGAUAACCAGGCGGCCAUCGCCAUCGGUAACGACCACGUCACCAAGCCGCGCACGAAGCACAUCCGGGUACGCCACCACUUCGUGCGGGAGCUCAUCGCUGACGGAACCAUUGUGCUGCAGCACUGUCCCGGCACGCAGAUGGUUGCCGACGCGCUGACCAAGGCACUGGACAAGCAGACCUUCGAGCAGCACCUGCCACGACUGGCCAUCGUCAAGAAGCACCUGAAGCAGCACCAGCAGUCCCCGCCGUACAACCAGGCGCAGAACGGCAUCGUCGAGCGACAGGUGCGCACCCUCUCCGACAUGGUGCGAGCCAUGAUCACGGGUGCAGGCCUUGACGCAUCGUACUGGAGCCUCGCCUGCAACCACGCCCUCCACAUCCUCAACAACAUGCCUCGCCCUUCCCUCCACGGCAAGACACCGCUGCAGAUUGUCACGGGCUCGCUGCCCAAGCACGUGCCGCAGCUGCACGUCUUCGGGCAGCCGGCCGUCGUCCACAUCAGCACACAGCGCGGUCGCCUGCAGCCCAAGGGUCGUCGAGGCAUCUACGUCGGCCACAACAGCAGCAGCAACAGCCACCUCGUCCACUUCGCAGACACAAACACCGUUGUGUCCUCCAUCCACGUCCGCUUCCUUCCCUUCUCCAAGGCCGAUGAUGUCGUGGAUGAGGGGGAGGAGCAAGUGCAGACAUCCACGACAUCGUCCAUGCUCCAGCUUCCCAGUGCACGUGACAGCAGCAACAGCACCACUGACGGUGAGCAACCAACAGUUCACAUCGACGAGGACCAGGACGAUGAUGUCGAGACAGACUUCCUGCUCACGGACUUUGACGACGACAGCAGCAGCGACACCAACGACGCCAACUACGAUCCAGACACAACAGAUGCAAGCGACACCGAGGCAGGCGCGUUCACAGCAAGCAGCAGUGACGACACCAGCCUCACGGAGCCUGCAAGCAUCAAGCAGGCACUCAAGAGCCAGCAACGCAAGCAGUGGACUCAGGCAUGCUUGGAGGAGAUCGGGGCCAUGGAGCGCAACGGCGUCAUCAAGCUCAUCCCACGCAGCGUCGUGCCACGGCAGCACACGCCUCUCAAGUCACGCUUGGUCUUCAAGGUGAAGCGUGAUGCUGAGGGCGCGCCGACGCGCUUCAAGGCACGCUGGGUCGCCAAGGGCUUCAGCCAACGACCAGGCAUCGACUUCGACCAGACCUACGCCCCAACACCAGCAGCCAAGACCAUCCUCACUGUGCUCGCCGUCUCCCUGCAACGACAGCACCAGCUGCACCAGCUCGACUUCAAGUCGGCUUACCUGCAGGCUGAUCUCAAGGAGGAGCUGUACAUGGAGCUGCCGCCGCACUUCACCGACAUCGGCGACGGCGCUCAACGCUACGCGGGCAAGGUGUGCCGGCUGCUCAAGCCGCUCUACGGCCUCAAGCAAGCUGGCCGUGCAUGGGCCAAGAAGCUGCACACCUUCCUCAAGACCAACGGAUGGGCGCAAAGCAACGUCGACGCUUGCCUCUUCACCAAGCUCCACGACGACGGACAGCGCACAUGGAUCAUCACGUACGUCGACGACCUCAUCAUCAGCGGCAGCAGCGAGCGCCACAUCCGUGCCUGCAAGCAGCAGAUCAAGGAGAGCUUCGAGGCAGAGGACCUGGGCCCGCUCACCUGGUACCUGGGCCUUCACCUGACGUCACCAGCUGACGGGGUGUUGCACAUUGCGCAGACACAGGCCAUCAACGACAUCGUCAACGACUACAACCUGGCAGCGGCAGCCAGCGUGUCCACGCCCAUGCGUGUUGGCAUCGACGCCUCCAGCAUCAGCGAGCAGCCCGACCGACGCUUGCCUUUCCGCAACCUCGUCGGCUCGCUCCUGUACCUGGCCAACCGCACGAGACCAGACGUCAGCUUCGCGUGCGGGCUGCUCUGCCGUUACAUGGACCGUUACACGACGGUCCACUGGCAGGCAGCCAAGCACGUCGUGCGGUACCUGAAGGCGACGAGCGAGCACGGCCUCCUCUUCAAGCGACGCAGCGGCACGCGCAAGGACCAACCGCUGGACCUGGUGUGCUACAGCGAUGCCAGCUUCGGCACGGACCAGCUGACGGGCCGCUCCACGACGGGCUUCACCUGCUACAUCAACGGCUGUCUUGUGUCUUGGAGCAGCCGGCUGCAACCCACGGUUGCGCUGAGCACCGCCGAGGCCGAGUACAUGGCCAUCUCCGCUGCAGCGCAGGAUGUCGUCUUCCUGCGGCAGCUGCUCAUGGACCUCGACGAGCCCGAGGCUGGAGCCACCAAGAUGCUGACAGAUAACCAGGCGGCCAUCGCCAUCGGCAACGACCACGUCACCAAGCCGCGCACGAAGCACAUCCGGGUACGCCACCACUUCGUGCGGGAGCUCAUCGCCGACGGAACCAUUGUGCUGCAGCACUGUCCCGGCACGCAGAUGGUUGCCGACGCGCUGACAAAGGCACUAGACAAGCAGACCUUCGAGCAGCACCUGCCACGACUGGUGGGAACUUCGACGGCUGAGGCGGAGCAGAGGAAGGCAGUUGAGGGGGAGCACAGCAUCACAUGGUCAAGACGCAGCAACCUUCGUCGCUGCCACAGCUACUACACCACGCAGCUGCAUGACCCACUCACGUGGCUUGCAGACACUGGUGCUUCACACCACCUCACCUUCGUCAAGGACGCCUUCGUGGAGCUGUCACCGCACCUGCAACAGCACCAUACACGCCACAUCACUGCGUUUGGCGGCACACGUGUGCCCGUGCGCGGUGUUGGCUCUGUGCUGUUGCAUGCACGCACGACGAGCGGAGCUACGAUGCAGAUUGUGCUACAGGAGUGCCUCUACGUGCCCGAGGGCCACGCCAACCUCAUCGCCCUCGGUCGUCUGACUAGGGACAGCAGCGGCAGGCCAACGGGCCACUCGCAGCGUGAUGGCGCUGAUGGGCACUACGUGCGCUUCAGCCACGGAGCCGAGGUCAAGCUGAAGGAGCGCAGCAGCCUCCGAUGCUGGCCCAUUGUUGCUGUUGGUCCAUCCACGGCACACGGACUCACCACCGAUGCCUGCAAGCAACCACAGCAACACGCAGCAGCUCCUGCAGCCCAGAGCAAGGUGCAGACACCAUCGAUGCAUGAGGUGCUUGGCCACCGCAACGACAACGACGUGCAGCAGUACUGCAAGCUGAUGGGCAUCGACGAUCGCAACGCCAUCAGCAGCAAGCAGUGUACAACGUGCGCAGUGACCAAGAGCACUCGUCACAGCGUCAGCAAGCACGCGGAACGCACACAGGUGCCCGGCGAGCGCAUCCACGCCGACAUCGUCGACUGGACCGCGGACUCGCCCACGGACAAGCGCUACAGCCUCGUCAUCGUCGAUGAGGGCAGCAAGCUCCUGCAUGCAGUCCAUCUCAAUGCCAAGAAGGACGCAGUUGCCGCGUUCCAGUCUUUCCUGCGCGAGACCAAGCUCCCCAUCUCACCCACAACAACAGCACUCCAGACGGAUUCCGAUGCCAUCUUCCUCGGAGCUGACUUCCAGGCCAUCGUCAGAAGCACCUGA